AUGUCAUUCGUCUCCAGAUCGUUGAGAUCGAUCAGAUCUCUUGAGCAAGCUCAUAGAGCUUCAACAAACUUGCUGCGUCUUGACCGAGCGAAAGAAGUGUCCCUGCAUGCUCGAGCAUCAUCAGCUUCUGCUUCCCAUGUAGCUUUCAAAGAAGAAGGGACUUCCAGCAAAGUCGAUCUGAAAGUUGUUCCGUCAAAAGAAACUCUUCUUAGGGUUGAUUGGCUGCUAGAGCACUUGACUCCAGGAAUAUUAAAAUCAAGAUUAAAAGCUUUCUUUGAUAUAUGUAAGGAAGAUGUUGUCUUCGAAGAUAGACUCUACAAUUAUAAUCUUUCACAACGUUCGCAGCUAGCGUACCACAUAGCCAAAAUCAGAAUGUACUUUAGAUACUUAUCACCUUAUAAUAAAGUUGAGAGAAUCGGGUCUUGUGUGUAUGAAGGAGAAGAUGUCAUAGUUUUAUUAUGGAGAUUGUCCACCCUGGAAUCCAGCUUCGUCUCUUACUUCCCUUCUUUCAUAACUAAGAAAGAGCCUAAAAUUAAUGUUUCUGAAGGAGCUUUAGAUAUUUUCUUAACUCCUGAAGGGAAAAUACAUAAGAUGGUUAAUAGGAAGAUUACGGCAUCUGAUCGAGAAGGAGCUCGAGCCAUGGAAAAGAUUAAAGAAGAACGAAAGAAAUUCGAAGAGAAGGAAGAGGAAAAGAAAAUACGAAAGGAAUUGAAUGAGAUGAUAAUGAUAUCUCCUUGUGUUCUUCGAGGAGUAGCUUGUUCUUCUCGAAUAAGUUUCGGAUGUAGGAGGUUCUCCGGCGACAUUGAUUACUCUCACGAGAAACCUCUUCCGGAACAGUUAGAUCAUGUCAGACAGCGUAUUGUGGAAACAUUACCGCUGCUCUUUAGACACAAGUUGGAUUACACAUUCUAUCGGAAAGAUGUUCUGUGUGUUGAUCAGAUAUUUAUGGUCGAGAAAAAAGGCUUGGAUGAGCUGAUGGAUCACUUCGGUAAGAUUGGAGUUAUGGGACAGUUCAUAUUCCCUCAUAUUGAGAUGGAGCCUAUUACUGUCAAUCCAUUUUUGGAAGAUGGUACAGUACGCUGCAGAUGGAGGAUCAAGUAUAUCACAUUCACUCAGCUUUUCACAGAUCUCAAACUGUUCCGGAGAGAGUACAGGCUUCAACAUUUGAGAUGGUAUGAUGGCUAUUCCAUACUCUCAGUUGAUGGUAAUGGACAAGUUUACAAGCUAACAAUCCAGAAGACCCAAGUUGAUGAAUCUCAAUUGUUGAAUGAGAAAAGCACUAGUCAAAAACUAGCUGAAAAGAUCGCUAUAUUCAGACCUCCUACCGCUACGAGCUUUGUUAAAGUUAAGAGAGAUAGAGAUCGUGAUCUCGAUUAG